AUGGAUUCACUACUUUCAGCACCCAGCUCUACCGAAGUAACAGUUGCAGAAGUUGACGGAAAAUUAAUACAAUUGAGAAAUGCAUCAGACCCAAACAUCGAUCUUUAUGUCCGCGCUGAAGGAGUUUUAUUUCAGCAUUUACAAAUGCCCGCCAAUCUUAUACAUCCUGAUAUUAGUCGAAUUACUGUCAAAGAUUUACCAUCACAAAAAUCAUUAUACGGUAUAUUACAUAAUGUACAAUCAUUAGGACAAUCUUUUCCCUCAAAUUUUAUAUCUAACGCUAUAUUCAAUACGGAUACUCAAUGUUAUGUACUUUCAUUAGAAGAAGAAUUAAAAGAAUAUCCAGCAAAUUUAUUAGCUUGGCAUCCAUAUGUAUCAAUAUUUGCUAUAGCUCAUAAAGAUGAUGCAAUUUUUUUAUAUGAUUUACGUACAGAAACUUGGUUUCCGGAAAUUUUAGAAAAUGAAUUAUUACAAAAAGAUAUUACUUGUAUGUCAUGGAAACCUUUAGGUGGAAAUAUUUUAGCGGUUGGUUGUAAAAAUGGAAUUUGUUUAUGGGAGAUAUCACUUGAACAAAAGAAAGUUUCAAAAAAUGGUCCAUUUAGAUUUGAUGCUUGGAUGCCUGAUGGUUCAAUAAUAUUAUGGAAUACUUCAUCCGGAAAUGGAACGAUUCUAACAACGAAUCGUAAAGUCGCAUUUUUGAGUUGGAGUCCUAUUGGAGAAAUUUUAUUUUCUUCCUCUUUAUGGACUUCGAAAAUUAUAAAUGCUCCAACUCCAUUUCGACGUCCUGUUCAAACGGCUUGUUGGACUAAAGAUGGUCGUGUUUUAUUCUUAUCAUUUUGUGAAGAUCAAUGUAUUCGUUCCCUUUCAAUAACUCCAAAUUUAGAUGUUGAAUGGCUUCCUGAAGAAUAUAUUUCAUUUAGUAUCGAAUGUGCUGGAAGAACAGUGAAACAAUUAGCAAUUGAUCCAACCGGUGAACGACUUGUAGUAUGUUUUAAAGAUACACCAUUAUUAGUAGUAUUUCAUGCAAAACAACCGUCAUUAGUACCAAGGGGUUCAAAUUUAUUGAGUGGUCAAGGUAUAGUGAGAGGUCCUAAAUGGCGUGAACCAGGAGAAGGAGAUACUACAGGAGAAACAUUUUUUAUGAAUAAACCUGAUCCCAAAGCAGUAUCAAUAAACUUUGCGAAACAUUUUAUGAAAGGCGCAUUAUUAAGUUUGAUAUGGGAAGAUGGUCAAAUAUCAUUUUUACCAUUUUAUUUUCGUCCAACAACUGGAAAAUAA